AUGGGUGCAAAGAGAUUGACAAUACAUUUUUGGCAACCAAUGGCUAACGAAGGAAACGAGCGCAUUCGAGGCAAAAGCAUUGUCAAGCCGGUCGUCUAUGGAAAUACUGCAGAAGCUUUUGGAUAUAAGAGAGAAAGUGACGGGCAUACGCACAAAUGGACAGUAUUUGUUCGUCCCUAUUUGAAUGAGGAUGGUUCUCGGUGGAUACGUAAAGUUCAAUUCAAACUUCAUGAAAGCUAUGCCAAUUCUACGCGAGUAAUCGAGCAACCACCAUUUGAAGUCACUGAGACGGGUUGGGGCGAAUUCGAAGUACAAAUGCGAAUUUAUUUUGCUGACCAAAACGAAAAACCAGUAACCGCUUUUCAUUACCUCCGAUUAUUUCAACCAGUAUUCAAUGUUUUCCAAGACCCUACCACGAUGAUGUACAAAAUAUUGACAACCGGCGACGCAAAAAAACACGACCCACGGAUGUUUUAUCACGACUUAAUAGCAAGACGAAAAAAGACGGUCGAUACUGUGGCGAUGGCUAAACAAGAAAUUUCAAAAGAAAUCGAAGAUUUGCGCGAGUCGCUACGUGAAGCACAUCGAUUAAUAAUCAAGUACCGGAAUGAGGCUGAGAGCGGCGAAAGCGGUCCGGCAACACCAAAUGUAUCAUUUUCAGUUGGC